AUGACGAUCCCAAUUAACUACGACAAGUACAAGGUCCUUUCGAAGGAGCAAAUCGACUUCUUUCUCGAGAAUGGAUUCGUCAAGAUUCCUGGUGGGAUGAAAACAGAGUGGGCAGACAAGUGGACCUCGGAUGUGUUCAUCCGUCUCGGUUAUGACCCGAACGACAAGGCUACCUGGGCAGCAAACGAGAAGGUCAAUAUGCCUUUCCACAGGCGUGAGAGCGCGGCAGAAAUCGCGCCCAAGGCAUGGGAGGCGAUCUGCGAGCUCUUGGGUGGAGAGGAGAAGAUCAGCCCGACGUGCAAGCAGUGGUCUGACAGCAUUAUCGCCAACUUUGGGUCUGAGUACUGGGCAACACAUGAUAUCGCCCCGAAGGAACUUGAUAACUGGCACGUCGAUGGGGACUUCUUCCGCCACUUCCUUGACUCUCCCGAACAAGCGCUGCUCGUCAUUCCCCUGUUCGCCGACAUCCUGCCCCGUGGCGGAGGGACAUACAUCGCCCCCGACGGUAUCCCGAAAGUCGCCAAAUACCUGCUCGACCACCCCGAGGGCACCUAUCCCCAGUCUUACGAAGACGGAUUCCCGUUCAAGUCCCUCAUCCCCUCAUGCGAGAACUUUGUCGAAGUGACCGGGAAGAAAGGUGACGUCUUCCUCCUUCACCCACUGAUGCUGCACUCGGCGAGCAAAAACCAUCUCCGGAUCCCGAGGUUCAUCACCAACCCCCCAGUGAGCAUCCUCAAGCCGUUCAACUUCAACAGGGAGAACCCGGACGACUUCUCCCUCGUGGAGGUAAAGACGCUCCGUGCGCUGGGUGUGGACAAGCUCGAUUUCAAGCCUACGAGGCCGUAUGAACGGGUGACGCCUCGUCGUCUCCUGGUACAGAAUAAGAUGCUUGAUCUGGAACUGGAGCGGCUGAAGAAAUACCACGAACAGACCGGCACGCCUAUCGAGUCCCUCCAUCUGCUCGGCCAGAUCACCCGAGCAGAUAUGGUCCCCAAAGCGAUACCGGGUAUCGAUAGCCAGCUGGCCAAGCCCGUGCCUGUGGCUUGA